AUGCUCGUCAAGGUCAAGAUACUUGCUUUCACUUUUACCAGCCUACAAACAAUAUUUUUCGAUGUUAACGUGACAUAUUAUUCGUAUCGGGGUCGGUUCUCAGAAUCAACUGUGUUAGUAACCAUUCACAAAAGUGGAAUCAGUCCACGGGGGAAACAGACGUGGCAGAGAGAACUCUUGAGCAUUCCCACAGUCCCACCUUCACACCUGCGAGGAUGCAAGAUAAUUGAUGUGCAGUACUGUCUUGAGUCUGUUUAUAUCUAUCUAUCUAUCUAUCUAUCUAUCUAUCUAUUUCUGUCUGUUUAUAUCUAUGUAUCUAUUUAUUUAUUGCAUUCUGUUUAUAUCUAUUCAUUGCAGUCUGUUUCUAUCUAUCUCUCACGGCCAGACCAUUAUCUAUUUAUCUAUCUCUCAAUUUUAGUCUUUUCAUAUCUAUUUGAUUUAUCUACCUUAUUCUGUCCAUUGCCUCUCUAUCUCUAUGGGUCCAUAUCUAUCUAUCUAUCUAUCUAUCUAUCUAUCUCAGCCUGUUCAUGUCUAUCUUUCUUUUUUCCAUUCUAUCUACCUCUAUAUAUACUUCUCAUUUUAUUUCUCUUCAUCUGCACAUAG